AUGACGGUGAACAUCGAAACCCAGACCACCAAUUCUACCGACGAGUCCUCCUCCCCACUCAUUCAAAACAUUCCAACCGAGGUGGUUCGCGAGUUGAAUGGCGAGAAGCUGCUCGACCGUACCACAUUUUUCACCGAGUUCUCGACGAACGCCUAUCUCGAGGACUUCUACACAAAAGUCGAUGAUCCGGCGAUGCAGAUGGUGCUCACAUUCCUCCCGAAUAUCGUCGCCCGUUUGGGGAAAGUCGACAAGAUGUUGGAUUUCGGCGCAGGCCCGACAAUCCACGUGGCCGCGUGCUUUCGGGAGAUUGCGAAUGAGAUCCAUCUGGCCGAUUAUUUGCCACAAAACCGCGAUGAGUUGUGUAGAUGGGUGAACAACGAGAGCAAGUUCGACUGGACUAUCCCGUUGAGAAUGAUUUUGACGAGAGAGGGACAGAGUUGGGAUCUCCUGCCAAAGGUGGAGCCAGCGACUCGGGAUAAGAUCAUGGACAUCUACCACUGCGACGUCUUCCAGAACCCAUCUGUCGACUGCCCCAAAGAGAUUUUCGGCCAGUUUGAUGCGCUCGUCACCAUCUUCUGCGUCGAGUACUGCUGCAACACCCUCGCCGAGUACUAUUCAGCCAUCAAGAACACCGGCGCCGCCGUCAAGCCAGGCGGCUACAUGAUCUACGGAGGAGUCUUCGAGGAGACCUGGUGUAGUUUUGGAGGCCGCAAAUUCACGUGCCUCUACAUCACCAAAGAAGUCAUGUUGGACGCGUUGGCCAAGGCUGGAUUCUACGUGGAGGAGGCGGAUCGUGGAUGUGUUCUCUAUGAGAUCAAUGGCAUGUUCAUGGUUUCCGCAAAGAAGAGAAUCUGA